AAUAUUCCGCCGGGUGGUUGGAAGUUGUGUAUGGUUGAUUCGGUGCGACCAAUUCAGUUGUUAAGUUUGUGGAAGUCGUUUAAGGUUGUUGGUGCCAUGGUUGCUGUGAAGCGUCAUCAACCUUCGCCAAUUGUAUUUGAUGGGUCUAUUGCUCAGGUUGCUCAUCAGGAGUUGUGGUGGGCGCCUUGGUCUGGUGUAGAUGAACCUAUGAUUCAUCCGAGGCAGAUGGCGUCUGCUAUUCUUGUUGGUGAUAAUUGGACGUCAAAGUAUAUUCGUAAUUCUGUGCCUGUUAGUCAGCGUUUUCAUUAUGAUAAUCGUGAUCCUAAAGGUGGUAUUGAGCAGGUUGUUGAGUUUUUCAAGGCUGGCUCUCCGCCUUGGUUGCCUAUAGAUCGUAGUGGUCAAGAUGAUGCUGGUAAAGAUUCUGGCAAGUUUGCUUCGCAGCAGUCUAUUGGUUACUUUUAUGUUGACGGGCCUACUAAUUCUAGGGUAACUGUUGAUGUUGAGUUGAAGUUGACUAUUGCUUUGAAGGGUCGUAAGUGUUUGGGUGGUAAGGUCGAUGAGUCUGGGCCUAUUAAUGCUAAUAAUGCUGGGGUUUCUAUUGGUAAUGAGGAUAUUGGGAGUAAUUUAGGGGCUGAUUUGCCUGUUGAGGAUGCUGAUAGUGUUGAUUAG